CUGUAGCGGUCUCGGUCUCCCAGCAGAAGACGCAGCCAUGAAUCCGUUAUUCGGCCCCAACCUCUUCCUCCUACAACAGGAGCAGCAGGGGCUGGCCGGACCGCUAGGGGAACCCCUGGGAGGCGACCACUUGGCCGGCGGAGGGGACGUGUCCCCGGCGCCGCUCGCCCCGGCCGGCCCAGCUGCCUACUCGCCGCCCGGGCCGGGCCCGGCGCCCCCCGCCGCCAUGGCACUCCGCAACGACCUGGGCUCCAACAUCAACGUGCUCAAGACCCUGAACCUCCGGUUCCGCUGCUUUCUGGCCAAGGUGCACGAGCUGGAGCGCCGCAACCGGCUGCUGGAGAAGCAGCUGCAGCAGGCGCUGGAGGAGGGUAAGCAGGGCCGGCGGGGCCUGGCUCGCCGCGACCAGGCCGUGCAGACCGGCUUCGUCAGCCCCAUCCGGCCCCUGGGGCUGCCCCUCGGCGCCCGGCCGGCCGCCGUCUGCACCCAGUCGGCGCGGGUGCUGGGCUCGCCCGCGCGCUCGCCAGCCGGCCCCCUCGUGCCCUCCGCUGCCAGCCACUCGUCGCCCUCCACCUCCACCUCCACCUCCUACUCCUCGUCAGCCCGCUUCAUGCCCGGCACCAUCUGGUCCUUCUCUCACGCCCGCCGGCUCGGGCCGGGACUGGAGCCCACUCUGGUGCAAGGGCCUGGCCUGUCGUGGGUGCACCCCGACGGGGUGGGCGUCCAGAUCGACACCAUCACCCCCGAGAUCCGUGCGCUCUACAACGUCCUGGCUAAAGUGAAGCGCGAGCGGGACGAGUACAAGCGGAGGUGGGAAGAGGAGUACACUGUGCGGAUACAGCUGCAGGAGCGAGUGAACGAGCUGCAGGAGGAAGCCCAAGAGGCUGACGCCUGCCAGGAGGAGCUAGCGAUGAAGGUGGAGCAGUUGAAAGCGGAGCUAGUGGUCUUCAAGGGGCUCAUGAGCAAUAACCUGUCUGAGCUGGACACAAAGAUCCAGGAAAAGGCCAUGAAGGUAGAUAUGGACAUCUGUCGCCGCAUCGACAUCACCGCCAAACUAUGCGACGUGGCUCAGCAGCGCAACUGUGAGGACAUGAUCAAGAUGUUCCAGAAGAAGCUGUCUCUGCACUUGUCUCCCAUUAAGGUCCCAUCCAUGGGGGGGCGGAAGCGGGAGCGCAAGGCUGCCAUCGAGGAGGACACCUCCCUGUCGGAGAGUGACGGGCCCCGCCAGCCCGAUGGGGAUGAGGAGGAGAGCACAGCCCUCAGCAUCAACGAGGAGAUGCAGCGCAUGCUCAACCAGCUGAGGGAGUAUGAUUUUGAGGACGACUGUGACAGCCUGACUUGGGAGGAGACUGAGGAGACCCUGCUGCUUUGGGAGGAUUUCUCAGGCUAUGCCAUGGCAGCCGCAGAGGCGCAGGGAGAGCAGCAGGAAGACAGUUUGGAGAAGGUGAUCAAAGAUACCGAGUCCCUGUUCAAAACCCGGGAAAAAGAAUAUCAGGAAACCAUUGACCAAAUAGAGCUGGAGCUGGCCACGGCCAAGAAUGACAUGAACCGGCACUUGCACGAGUACAUGGAGAUGUGCAGCAUGAAGCGGGGCUUGGACGUGCAGAUGGAGACCUGCCGUCGGCUAAUCACCCAGUCUGGAGACCGAAAGUCUCCUGCUUUCACUGCGGUCCCGCUUAGCGACCCGCCGCCGCCGCCGCCAAGCGAGACUGAGGACUCCGAUCGCGAUGUCUCAUCUGAUAGCUCCAUGAGAUAGGGACCUACCUCCAGCCUGGUGGCCUGGGGCCCCACCCUGCCGGGAACUCACAGAGGCAGAGGGGUGGGGGGUUCACAGAAGGGGAACGCCAUCCGUCCUGCCGCACCAAGCCUCGCCCCUGGGGACUGGGGCGCUCCUCCCUCGGGCUUCCUGCCUUAGUCCUUGGCCUUCAGGGUUCUGAGGUGUCUGGAGCGAGGCUCAGCCUGCCCUUCCCAGGUGACUCCCACCACAGCUGGGGCUCUCCUGCCUUCACGCGUGGGCGUCUGCUACUUCUCAUCUUUAAAAUGCUGCCAGAGCGAUCGUGGCCCCUUACUUUCUCCAUUGAGUAAGGAAUGUGAUUGUCAGAUCUUCCUUCCAUCUCUUGAGGCCUUGAGCCAGCUUACUGUCUUUGAUUCUGUACUGGUGCUAACUGGCCCAGGCACUGGUAUGAAGUGGAUUAGGCUGGUCCUUCCAGGGCUUGUGCAACACACAUGCAGUGGGAGAGGGCUUCCCUCCAAGGUGCAGGUGGAGGGAGGCGGGACCGGGCAGGGCGCGCUGUCCCCCCUUGCGUUGUCAUCCACCCGUGGAUGGCAGUGAUGGGGCUGUGACCCGUCCUUUAUGGAAGUGCCAUGCAUUGAAGGGGCCUCCGGUCUAGGCGGCUUCUGGAUCCGACUGGGUGCAGUACCGUGGAGGGAGAUGGAAGUUUCCCAAUGCUGAGUGGCAGAGAAAGAGGUGAAGCUACUUGUAUGUGUGUGUGCAUGUGUGGUGUGUGUGUGUGUGUGUGUACAUGUGUGCUCAGGGUCUCAGUUUCUUCAAGUAUCAGCUGAAGAUGUGCCUCCUCCGUGCCUGUCAUACACUGAGAGCAGCAGGCUGAGAUGUCCUGGACUUGGAAAAGCUUGGGAGAAACUGGGGAGCCGUGAAUGCGGACACGUCAGCAUAACUGCCUGAGGGAAGCUGUGCUGAGCGGACAUUUGAAUGGAGUCUUUAAUAAUAAUGAAACUGGCGAGUAUUUAUUGAA